AUGAAACAAAAUUGUUUAUUGUUAAUAUAGCUACUGGUAUGAAACAGAAAAUUAAGUAUUUUGAAAUAAGGCAAUCCAGCAUUUAAUUCAGUGUUUCCCAAACUGUGUUCCACGGAACCAUAGUGUUCAGCAAGGCUUGAAUAGGUGUUCCAUGAACUACUACAAGAAUUAACUACCGUGUGAAUUAAUCUCUCUAAAAAAUAAGUAAAGUGUUCCAUUAAAAACUCAAAAUGUCCAAAGUGUUCUGUUAAGGAAAAAGUUUGAGAAACACUGAUUUAACUGAUAGAAAAUGUUUAGUACCAGUAAAUUUAGAUUUACAUCAUUUUAAGAAAGACUUUAUAAAAUGUGGAGAGGCCUUCAGGUCAAUGGAUUAAGUGAUGGCUUCCAAACAUGUAGGUAUUGAGUUUUAAUUCCAUGGUGGUUGGGCGGUAAAGCGCUUGACUUCUGAACCGAAGGUCCUCGGUUCGAAUCUUGGUGAAGAGUGGGAUUUUAAAUUUUGGGAUCCUUGGGCGCCUGUGAGUUCACUCAGCUCUAAUGGGUACCUGACAUUAGUUGGGGUAAAGUAAAGGUGGUUGGUCGUUGUGCUGGUCACAUGACACCCUUGUAAGCUGUAGAAACAGAUGACCUUUACAUCAUCUGCCCUAUAGACCAGAAGGUCUGAAAGGGGGAACUUUAAGAAGGAGUUUCAGGAUUCUCAGGUAGUUCAUUAAGCUCUAAUGAGUAACACCUUUAAUAAAAUUGGAUAGAGUAAAAAUAUUUUACAUGUUUUUUAUGUUUCUUUAGAGUUGAAGAUAAUCUUCCUAGUCCAAACCUCCCACAGGACUAUGGCUAUGACAGCGGGCAGGGUAUGAACCCGGACCAUCAAGAUGACUGAACAACAGUCCAGCGCACAUACUGCACCACCAGACCUUUUUUUUAUGUUGAUAUGAUGCAGUUAUUAAAUAAGGAAUGAUAAUUGUGUUGUUCUGAUUUUUCUUAAAAUAAAAAAAAAAUAUUUUUUUUUUCAAACCUCCAUACAAUUUUUUUGAGCCAUUAAUAUAAGUGCUUUAUCAGUUUGUAAAAAAACAUCCGAUCCAGAUAAGCCUCAAUGAGAUGAAGUUCAUUUUGAAGUUGUUACACUCUAUAUGUGUUUCUACUAGUUUAAAAAAGCUUUUCUGUUUUUUUUUGUGUGUAAGUAAUACAGUUUAUUUUUAUUUUAACAGGUUAACAUAGUUUGUCAUUAACACCAUACUGCUACACUGUUUGACAUCUGCUAAAACUGAAUAUCUUUCAAUUCACUUUUCAUGCAAUAUACAAAAUUAUAUUUCAUCCUUCUGUUCCAUAUAUAAAUGCGUGAAUUCAUCUAUUUAUUAAAGUUUUGUCAUCACAAACUUAAGUUCUUUACAAUGUCCAAACACUACGGCCUUUAAUUCCUUUCAUUGCAUAUUAUUUAAUUUAUUAAAUACUAAUACGUUUAAUGACUAGACAUUCUGUUGGUUUACUAUUGAUUGUACUCCUAUAGAUAUAAUCCCAGCAGCACUGUUCCUACAUAAUUACUUCCCUUGCCUAAACCUGUGCUAGCCCAUUUCAUGCUUUAUCAGUUGUAAUGUGUCACAAAUUAAAACUUCAUGCCAGCGAAUAAAUUACUUGUUCAGACUAACAUAAUCUUGGCUUGCUUACUUACUACAGAGAGUAUUGUAUGAGACAAUUAUAAUGCCUUAUUUAAUUGUCUUCGUUACAAAGUAAAACUGACAAAAUGGUUUCUUUAAUAAUAUUGUUGGCCUCUGUUGGGCUGGUACUGGGUCAUACAGGACAAAAAUGGCACUCCAACAGAUACCAAGAUCUGCUUUACGGUGUAACAGCUAAUCUUACAUGUGCGGAUGAAGGUUUUAGUCCCUGGGAAGACGUCGAAGAAUUCAGAUUUCUCUGGAUACUACCUAAUACUAAAGUUCUGAAUGACACAACUGUGCUUGACAACCAGCAUUACUCCUGGAUGAACAAUGGUGCUAGCCUGCUCAUAUACAACAUAGACAGGCCAGACUUUGGGAUUUAUCACUGCUUAGUGCAGACAUUAUCUAAUAACAUCCACACUGUGGUUAAACUAGGCAUCAACAUUAAUGGCCCAUACUUUGGAAACCUUUGGGAGAUCUAUUCCCCUAACAUGAAGAUUGGCCUCAUUUCAGGUUUUGUAGUCCUAGUUGUUAUGUCCAUGUUCUGCUAUAAUUAUGAUCAGUUUCAAGCAAAGCAUGAUUUGAAAGAAAAAACAAUAGAGAGGCCUACUGUAAUGGCACCAAACAGAAAUGAUGAGAAUACACUUAGAGAAAUGUUUUACAAAAACCCAGUUUUUGUUGAUGACACAGAGCAAAUUAAAAUCACCCAGGAUGAACUAGAUCACAGCAAUAACAUCAAUGUAUCUGCUGAGAUAGCAGAAGUCAAAUCAAGUCUUUGAUACUUUUUGUUGAUGUUGCUGAAAACUUCUAAUAAGUUAUGUUUGUUAAAUAAAAAUGCAUAUGAUGUAGAAAAAAAAAAGUAACGUUCCCCUUUCAGAACUUGUGGUCUAUAGAGCAGAUGAUGUAAAGGAUGUAAAAGCAUAUGAUGUAUAACGUAAUAAAAAAAAAUCUAAAAUAGUAUUUCAAAAGAUUUGUAAAUCUUUUUUAUCUAUGGCAAAAAAAUUUGUGACUUCUAAAUAAGAAAAAAAAAAGGAAUGUUUAUUCAUUAGAAAAUUCUGUAUGACUGGAACAUUACAAUUUGUAAAUACUCAAUGUAAAUAACAAACUGCUGCCAAAGAAAAUGAUAGCUUAAUUAGUUAAUUCAUCCUACUAUCUGAUUAUAUUUUAAAAGUAUGUAUUUUCCUUUAAAAUAUAAUAAAUACCUCUACAAAAC